AUGUAUAUUGGGAAGCUUUUCCAAGCCUGUUACCACCACCAUGCCAGGAGAUCAAGAAUAUUACAGCAUGCCUGCUGUCUGUCUCUGAACUCAACACCGGGGAGGAAUUAUGCAUCCUGUCCCUAUAAAGCUGUGAUCUUUGAUAUGGGUGGUGUUCUCCUUCCUUCACCCUUCAAACUGGCUGCAGAGUGGGAGGUCCGGAAUUGCAUCUCUCCUGGUACCCUCAGGCAGGCCUUAAUAUCUGGAGGGGAGAACAGGCCCUGGAUGAGAUUCAUGAGAGGGGAACUGAGCACAGAAGAGUUCCUGCAUGAAUUCGGGCAGCAGUGCUCCAAGAUCGCAAAUUCCUCCAUUCCAGUGGACUCUUUUCUUUCUGAUCUAACCAGCAACACAAUGUCUAAGCAGCUCCCGGUUAUGACUGAGGCUAUAAAGUGUAUCCGGACUGAAGGCCUGAAGAUGGCAGUGCUGAGUAACAAUUUUUAUUUACGCAGCGGAGAAAGCUUCCUGCCUGUAGACCGAAAGCAGUUUGAUGUGAUAGUCGAGUCUUGCCGGGAAGGGAUCGGCAAACCAGACCCUCGAAUCUACAAGGUAUGCUUGGAGCGUUUGGGUGUUCAAGCAAAAGAGUGUGUCUUUCUGGACGACAUUGGACAGAACCUCAAAACCGCUGUUCAGCUCGGCAUUAAAACGGUGAAGGUUGAUGACCCAGAUUCAGCUGUUCGAGAAUUAGAGGCCUGUUUGGGCUUCCCUUUGCAAUGCUUCAUUCCAUACACGCGCUCUGUGAGACCAACGAUGGAAAUCCCGAAAGAGCCUCUCCAGAAAUACCUUGAACGUGUCUUGGGGACUCAAGCAGAAGGACCUCUGCUACUGCGGCAGUUCAGCCAUGGGCAGUCCAAUCCAACAUAUUACGUCCGGUUCCGGGAUCACCACUUGGUCCUGAGGAAGAAGCCGCCUGGCCAGCUGCUGCCCUCCGCUCAUGCUGUGGAGAGAGAGUACAGGGUUUUGAAGGCUCUUGCAGGUGCUGGCAUCCCAGUUCCAAAAGUUCUCUCUCUGUGCGAAGAUUCAAGCAUCCUCGGCACCCCCUUCUACCUCAUGGACUACUGCACCGGCCGGAUCUUCAAGGACCCCUCCCUUCUGGGACUCGAGCCCAGCCAGCGGGGGGAGAUUUAUGCUGCCAUGAACAGAGUCCUCUGUCAGAUCCACAGUGUAGACAUCAGAGCAGUCGGCCUGGAGGAUUACGGACGGCAAGGCAACUAUAUUCAGCGGCAAGUCCAGACCUGGAGCAAACAGUACCGCGCCACAGAGACCCAAACGAUCCCAGCCAUGGAGAGGCUCAUGGCCUGGCUCCCCUCCCACUUGCCGGCCAGCCAGCGGCUCUCUGUCGUGCACGGAGAUUUCAGGCUGGACAACCUGGUCUUCCACCCAGACCUUCCAGAGGUUGUCUCUGUCCUGGACUGGGAACUCUCCACCUUGGGCGACCCCCUUUCUGAUGUGGCCUAUAACUGCCUGGUGUAUUAUUUGCCAUCUCACGGUAGCGUCCUAAAAGGUCUGAGUGACUGUGAUCUGAGCCUGCUGGGAAUCCCCUCGCCAGAGGAAUACUUCCUGCUGUAUUGCGACCACAUGGGCAUUCCUCCCAUCAAGAACUGGAACUUCUAUAUGGCCUUUUCCUUUUUCCGAGUGGCGGCCAUCCUACAAGGGGUGUACAAGCGCUCGCUCACAGGUCAGGCCAGCUCUGCAACAGCUGAAAGUAGCGGGCAGCAGGCAGAGGCGAUGGCCAACCUGGCCUGGGAUUUUGCCACCAUAGAAGGCUUCCGGGUCUUCAAAGGGCUUUCAACCCCCAGACCGCCAAGCAAGCCCUUCAGCACUCAGGCCAUCCCCAGCCCCGCCCCGAGGAGGAGCUAUGCCACAGGGCCACACUCCGGGUUGGCUCCAGCAUCCCAGUCUCACCUGAUCAUCUCUCCAGAAGGCCUGCCUUGCCGAAUUCAAGAGCUGUAUCGCAAGCUGGAGAGAUUCAUGGCCGCCCAUGUUUAUCCGGCAGAGCAGGUCCUGCGAGACCAUCAGGCUGCCCCGAGCAGGUGGACUCCGCAUCCCCUCACAGAGGAGCUCAAGGACAGGGCAAAGUCUGAGGGCCUCUGGAACCUUUUCCUACCAGUGGAGAGUGACCCGGCCAUGAAAUAUGGAGCAGGCCUGACAAAUGUGGAGUACGCCCACUUGUGCGAACUGAUGGGGACUUCACUCUAUGCACCCGAGAUAUUCAACUGCUCUGCCCCAGACACGGGCAACAUGGAGGUGCUGCUGCGUUACGGCUCAGAAGCCCAGAAGGAGCGCUGGCUGCAGCCUCUGCUGGAGGGCAAGAUCCGCUCCUGCUUUGCUAUGACGGAGCCACAGGUUGCUUCCUCCGAUGCCACCAACAUCGAGGCUUCCAUCACCAAGGGAGAAGGUGUCUAUGUUCUGAAUGGACGCAAGUGGUGGAUUUCGGGCUCCCUGGAUCCUCGUUGCCAGCUCUGCAUCUUCAUGGGCAAGACUGACCCCACAGCCCCCAGGCACCAGCAGCAGUCAAUGCUCCUUGUUCCUAUGAACACUCCCGGGAUUACCAUCACUCGGCCACUCACCGUGUACGGCUUGGACGAUGCUCCAGCUGGCCACGGGGAGAUCAUGUUUGAAAACGUUUGUGUUCCUCAAGAGAACAUCUUGCUGGGACCUGGCCGAGGGUUCGAAAUUGCUCAGGGGAGGCUGGGCCCAGGGAGGAUACAUCACUGCAUGAGGCUAAUCGGCCACGCGGAAAGAGCACUGUCUCUCAUGAAGGAGCGGGUGACAUCCCGAACGGCCUUCGGAAAGCCCUUAGCAGAACAAGGCACAAUCAGGGCGGACAUCGCCGAGUCCAGGGUUGAAAUUGAGCAGGCCCGGUUGCUGGUCCUCAAGGCAGCCCACCUCAUGGACAUUGUCGGAAAUAAGGAAGCAGCUCUGCAGAUUGCCAUGAUCAAAGUGGUGGCUCCAAACAUGGCAUUGCGGGUCAUCGACCGGGCGAUCCAGGCCUUCGGUGCAGCAGGACUCAGCAAUGACUACCCGCUGGCGCAGUUCUUUGCCUGGGCGCGGGCUCUGCGUCUGGCCGAUGGCCCUGACGAAGUCCACAGGGCAGCCGUUGCCAAAUUGGAACUGAAGCGUUAG